CCUCAAUAGCAUCUCGAUGGGAGAUAUCAUAUCUCCCAGUUACAUAUCUCAGAUAUGUAACUGUUCUUGCAGUAUACUCUAAACACCAGCCACCUUUUGCAUCACUGCAUUUGUGUCAGCUCAAGAAACUGUUCCAUCAGGAUGAUGAACAGUUUAACAGCAAUCUCAGACUGCCAUGAUUCCUAAACCGUAAACACGGGAAAAGGGGCAAUCAGCGAGUCAGCUCGAACAACGAGAACCAAGGCAGAAAUGGCUACAGGGAUGCAGGCACAUGGGAAAUACGAAGAGCUCGGAAUGGAGAGAGCAGUCCGAGGGCUCCAGGCCACCUGAGGAUGGACCGAUGGCGGACCAACAAACCCAGACAAAGACGAAGGAAGAAACAUCACAACAGCAGCGAGCGCAUCUGUACGAGAGAUACAACGAAGAAAAUCGUGACGGUCGGCCUUCGCAGACAAAACACAGUCUCGGUUAUGAGCCGAAUGCGAGUCUGCAUGUGAGUGACAGACCAAAGUUGAGGAUUCUGAGCGCCUGAGGUCACGUUUGCGACAUUCCAUCACUGGAGCACAUUGUCUCAGCGUCUUUGAUCGACUUUCAGAUUCCAUCAUGAAAACAGAGCUUUGGAAUCAAAGCCAAUAAUGAACCAGCCAUGAAAUCUCCCCGGGACGAUGUUUCAAGCUAUCGUGUCGUGCAAAGUCCUUGCUUAUGUCCGUGAAUUGAAACGCGGCUUGAAAAUCUCUGCAUCCCGUAUAAGGAGCAUGUCCGUUUUCAGGGGAAUCAGAUGUACGCGCAGAAGACAAAAGGAUCCGAAUAUCAAGGACCUCCAGAAGAAUGCAAUUAUGCCCAAAACUCCCCGCAGGCCCUGAAGGAUCGAAUCCUUUGUCUGAGAGCAGAAUAGCUGAGCUUUCUGUUAACGAAGUGAACACUAGGGCAGGCACAGAUGGACGGGACGAUCAACCGCCAGAGAAGAAAUUUUUAUGUGCUGCAUACGGAAAUGGCUUCCAGCACAACGAAUGAUCGUCCUCUGGCGGCCGUUCCAGGAGCAGGUGAGGAUUUCAGAUUUCAGGUGAGCACUUUGUAGUUCGCGUGUCAAAGAGAUUGAAAAAUGCAUUUCUGAAGGUUUCUGCGACGUGGUCUUCGUUAAGAGGAAGCAGUUGCAGUCGGACAGGUAUCUGGUUCAAAUGGAGAGACGAACAUGGAAGGAAGGCCAAAUAUUGACAUUGACGAAGGCCUAUGGGCACCACAACCUUCUUGUGGACUACGUUUGAGCUUCAUAUUCUAUAGUACACCGCUGUGAGCUCUGGGUAGCAGCUUCUGAUCUUCUCACAUGUCCAGUUGUCGUGGGCUAAGCGCCAGAUUUACAAUUCCAAUUUUACAGAAAUUCAGCUGAAGAGGAAAGGAACACAAAAAGUUGCAGGAAUUUCACGGAUAUAAGUGAAAGAAUGCAAAGACUGGCCCCGAGAAAAGUUGGAUGGUUUUCAGGCUUCCUUGGGAUCUGUUCCCUACUUCACACCAAGAGUACACUUUAGUGAGCACAUCCAUUGGACAUGCUUUAAAUUUCAGCUUAGAGUCUCUAUUUCCUCUUCAAGGUUUUGACAUAUUAUCUCCUGGCAUGUACUUUUCAACUUCAUUCUCGUUAUCUUGUAAAUUCUCGCGGUUUUCUGUGUGCGCCGGAGAGUAAUUUUCAUCAUGCAAAUCGACUCCGAUC